GCUUUGCUGAACGUAUCACAGAGGUAUCAUGUUGUCAUUAUUUAUGCGAGAACCAAAAGAGUCUUGAGAGCUAUGGUGGGGGAACUACGACCUUUGAUAUGAGUCUCUCUCACUCUUCCGCCACCUCUCUGUCCUCCACAUCUACCUCUUCUUCGUCCUCGACAACGACUUCUUGGCUUUCUGGCAUUGUGCGAGGCCGGCCCGACCGGCCCGGGAGUGUCAAGAUGGGUAGCAACUCCAACGUCGGUGCUGGUGGUGCUGACAGUACCGGUCCGGUUGCUCGGAAAAAUCAGUGGCGUGGUGUUCUCUUUAAGUACGGGCCCAAGCCUAUUCAGGUUGCAUUCAAAACAGGCGAUCAUAAACAACAAGUAAUUUUUAUUGGUGGAUUAACUGACGGUUUUCUGGCGACUGAGUACUUGGAACCUCUUGCAAUUGCAUUGGAGAAUGAGAAAUGGGCACUUGUUCAACCUCUUCUUUCAUCCUCAUAUAGUGGAUAUGGCACCUCCAGCUUGAAACAAGAUGCAAUGGAGCUUGACCAGCUGAUCAGUCAUUUAAUAAACAAAGAAGAUUCGGAAGGUGUGGUACUUCUGGGGCAUAGUACUGGUUGUCAGGAUAUUGUGCAUUAUAUGCGCACAAAUGCUGCAUGCUCGAGAGCAGUCCGUGCAGCCAUAUUGCAGGCUCCUGUUAGUGAUCGGGAAUAUAGAGCAACUCUUCCAGAAACAGCCGCUAUGAUUGACUUGGCUUCUACCAUGAUAAGAGAAGGCCAAGGGUCAGAAUUAAUGCCAAGGGAAGCAGAUCCCACUUCCCCAAUCACUGCUUAUAGGUAUCACUCCCUCUGUGCAUAUAUGGGGGAUGAUGACAUGUUCAGUUCUGAUCUUAGCGAUGACCAGUUGAGAAUGAGACUUAGCCACAUGUCUAACACACCUUGCCAGGUUAUCUAUUCCAUGGCAGACGAGUAUAUGCCAGAGUAUGUUGACAAGAAAGCAUUGCUUGAAAGAUUGUGUAGAGCAAUGGGUGGUGCAGAGAAAGCUGAAAUCGAACAUGGGAAUCACUCCCUCUCUAACAGAAUCGAUGAGGCUGUCCAGGCCAUAAUUAAUUUUUUGAAAAGGGAGGGACCUAAAGGGUGGGAUGAUCCAUGGAGCUAAUCCAGCGCCUAUUGGUAUUUCUUCUGACCUUCGACUUCUUUUCUCUCAGUUGCUCUCAGAUUUUUCAAUUCUUUCAAAUAGAUUUUUCAUUCUAUAUAUUAGACAUGAUUUUAAUUUGCAUUUGCGGCCUUUUGUGAAGAGAGAGAACUUACUGUUGUUGGUUUUAAUUCAUAUAUCACAGCUGGUUUGAUGUUAAGCUUCUCGCUUUCUGCAAUGUUCUUGUAGUUUCUAUAUCCGAUUGUUUACCAUUUGUAAUAUAAAUUUGAAGUAUUUGCCGAGUAAUUGUUAUGAAUGGGCUCUAGAUAAUUGUCA